CCCCUCCUGGCACUCCAUUUCCUCCUCGCCCUUUCCGCCUUUCCCGUCUCGCCUCCGCUCCCGCCGCGCCCUGGAGCGACUGUCUCCCUCCUCCGGCAAGCUAUGUUUUCUUCAACCUACCGCUCGGAGCCACCGCCCGGGUUGCGAUUUGCCUUUGAACGGUUUCAACUCUCAAAUCGCAUCUGGGCCGAGCCCCGCGAAGAUGGCGUCCCCCCGGAGUCCUGCCGGGAGUUCACCGACGGCCGGUGUGACCGACACGACGGGUGCCCCCGGCGGCAUGAUGCCGCGCACGUCCUCGUAUGCAAGCACUACAUCCGCGGGCUGUGCAAGCUCGGGGCCGUGGUGUGCGACUAUGUGCAUGAGUACGACCUGUCCCGGAUGCCGGAAUGCCAGUUCUGGCGGAAGGCCGGCACAUGUAAGAGCGGCGAUGAGUGCGCCUUCCGCCAUGUGGCCGUCCACCCGCCGACCGACCCGUCGGCCCUGUCGGAUGGGCAAAUCCGUGACCGCGACGGCCGGGUGAUCAGCGCCACGGCCGCCGCGCUGGCCGAGUGCCCGCACUAUGCGCAAGGGUUCUGCGCUCGCGGCCCCAACUGCAGCCUGCGCCACACGCGCAAGGCCCCGUGCCCGAACUUCCUGUUCGGCUUCUGCCCCCUCGGGCCCCAGUGUCCCCUUGCACAUCCCCCCUUCUCGCUGGACCUGCUGUCGGAAUCCUUCCGUCUGGAGGUGGCCGAGGCCGAGCGCCGGGUCCUGGAGUCGAUCGCCCUUGCGGAGGCCGACGCACAGGCCGCCGCCGCCGCCGCUGCUGCCGCCGCCGCCGACGACGACAACAGUAUGGAGGCCGCUCCUGCCGGGGCCCAGCGCCGGCCAUCCUCGCCGGCUGCUAGCCCACGCCGGCCAGCCUCGGCGGGCGCCGGCGCCGAUGACGCCGACGCGGAGAUGGCCCCCGGUGACGCCGGGCCGGCCUCCCCCCCGCACGGCCCGGCCGGGGACCAACUCUAA